AUGGCUUAUCAAUGGUUAACGUUACUAAUUUGCUUUGUUGUUUUUACCAAUACUCGAGGCCUGGACUUGGACCUGGACCUGGACCUGGACCUGAACCUGAACUUGACCCUCCUAUCAGGACAAGUGACGGAAAUUGGUGGCCUCAAAAGCUAUGUCACGGGCCCUGAUAAUUCGGAUACUGCUAUCGUAUUGAUUUCAGAUGUAUUUGGAUUUGAAAUUCCCAACUUGAGGAAAAUCGCGGAUAAAAUUGGGGCAGCUGGGUUUUACACAGUGGUACCCGAUUUUUUCAAUGGAGAUCCUUAUGUUUCGGGUCAAAAACCUUGGGGAAGUUGGUUUGCUAAACAUCAUGCUGAAAAUGGAAUCACGGAUGCAAAUAAGGUUAUUGAAGCAUUGUCACAAAGCAGAAGCAUAAAUAAAAUUGGGGCUGCUGGUUUUUGCUGGGGAGGCAAGGUUGCUGUGGACCUUUCAAAGCCCCCUUCAGUUGGAGCUAUUGUGUUGUUGCAUCCCACAUAUGUUAAUAAUGAUGAUAUUCAGGGUGUUAAUGUUCCAGUUUCAAUCCUUGGAGGUGAGGCAGACACUCAAGUCAAUACAACUAUGAUCAAAGGUUUUGAAUCUGUGUUGGAAAAUACUCAUAAGGUUGAUAGCUUUGUAAAGAUAUUUCCGGGAGCUGAACAUGGUUGGACUACAAGGUACAACGAUACAGAUGCCGCAGCUGUAGAGAGAGCAAAUGAGGCACACCAGGACUUGUUGAAUUGGAUUAUUAAGUAUGUCAAAUGA